UGCAUGCUGCCAGGACUCACAUGUGUGUAACUUAUCAUACGUGUUUAGAGUUGUAUAUCAUUGAACCGCUAAAUAUGUAACGGAGGUUUUCAUAGCUGGAUGAGUUACGAUAGGCAGCAACAAUGCAGAGACUGUUACAAGUUACCUUGAGAAAUUUUGCUCCUUGCAGUCGCUCACGGCACCUGCCCGUGUGUGGUGUCCGGCCGCAGAACGCAAACAGAUUUGAUGGGUCGAUCACAUUCCGUCCGGGGGACACACUGCUCAUUCGAGCUUUGGACAGCGCCUGGACAUCAACGCUUAGAUCCUACAGCGGCGAAACGGGAGCGCUGGGAGCGCCGCGGGAACGCAGAAAUAAUGCGAGGACGUCUGGCAGGUUUACUUCGGUAGAGCCAGAGAGAGAGGAGGAAUUUGUUUUUCUAGACUGUGUAAAUCCAGAGGAACCCGCGGAACCCACGGACAGUUUGGUCGCGAAGCAGAUCCACGACAUCGUGGAUGUAACGCGGACCAAAGAGAAAAUGCCGGGGUGGGCAAGCGCCGAGGUGCAGCACAGGACGUUGGAACUGCAGCUGCAGUCUUUACAAAACGCUUUGAAAGAAGAGACCGACCCAGACGCGUGCAUUGAGUUUCUUGAUGAGGGCUUCCCCGAAAUACAACGACGUAAUAAGAAACGGCGAAAGGGGCAGAAGGUCUACGGCACUCCGGAUGCGGAGGUUCCUGUCAGUGACCACUGCUGCACGGGAUGUGGAGCAGUGAUGCACUGCACUGUCCCGGAUUUGCCUGGCUAUCUCCCGAGCGAGAAAUACAAAGGCUUGAUCGAGGAGAACACUCUGCAUAAAGCGAUUUGCCAGCGCUGUCAUUUGCUCAUUCAUCACCAAAAGGCGUUGAAUGUCCAGAUGUCUAAAGAGGAGUAUCGGCAGAUUGUCCGUGGGGUGCGAAAGGAGAAGGCUUUGGUGUUGUUUAUCGUGGACCUCCUGGACAUCCCCGACUCCAUCAUCCCAGACCUCUUGGACCUGAUAGGGAAAAAUAAAGACAUUGUGGUGUUGGGAAAUAAAGUUGACUUGUUGCCUGGAGACUCUGGGAAUUAUCUAAAACGGAUAAAAGGCCAGCUUUUACAGCAUUGUGCGGACAUGGGCAUUUCCGCCGAUAAAAACAUCAAAGAUGUCCACCUCAUAAGUGCCAAAACCGGGUAUGGGAUCGAAAAGCUCAUUACCAGUCUUCAAAGCUCCUGGAAGUACAAAGGAGACGUGUACCUUGUGGGAACUACAAACGCAGGGAAAUCCACGCUGUUUAACACUUUACUGGAGUCAGACUACUGCAAAUCUAAAGCUUCAGACGUAAUCCGCAAAGCUACAAUAUCCCCCUGGCCAGGAACCACCCUGAAUCUGCUGAAGUUCCCCAUCAUCAAUCCCACUCCGUACCGCAUGCUGAGAAGGUUGGAGAGGCUGAAGAGCGAUGCUACACAGAAGGAGAAGGACCUGGACCCACAGGAGCUGAGGAGGCUGCAGCACCUCAGCAAGCAGGGCUAUCUAGUAGGUCGCAUUGGGAGAACGUUUCGUGUGGACGCACAAGCAGCCAGAGGUCGACAUACUGUGGACUUCGAUCCUGAAAGCCUCAGCUUUGGGGAGCUGGAGGAUGAGUCAGGGGGCUGCCACCCCCAGCCCUCUGACCCGGUGGAGUUCAGUCACAACGAGCUGAAGGACGCCCACUGGCUGUACGACACACCGGGCAUCACCAAGGAGCAGGACAUGCUCAGUCUGUUGACAGAACAGGAGCUGAAGAUUGUGGUGCCCGCUCAAGCCAUCGUGCCAAGGACGUUCGUGCUGAAGCCAGGAACAGCGCUCUUCCUGGGUGCCUUGGGGCGAAUUGACUAUCUGGAGGGAGAGAAGUCGUGCUGGUUCACAGUCAUUGCAUGCAGUCUGCUUCCAGUUCACAUUACCAGCCUGGACAAGGCCGACGCCAUCUACCAGAAGCAUGCUGGGAACACUUUGCUUGGGGUACCCAUCGGCGGGGAGGAGCGCAUGAGGGCAUUUCCCCCCCUGCUUCCGCAGGACAUCCAGCUCAGAGGCCAGGGCUACCAGCAGGCGUCGGCCGACAUCAAGUUCUCCUCCGCAGGCUGGGUGGCGGUCACCGGUAACGACGGGAACCACAUUGUGCUCAGAGCAUACGCACCAAGGGGGGUGGGGCUCCAGCUGAGAACCCCGCCCCUGCUGCCGCACGUGGUCACCCUGAAGGGGGAGCGCGUCAAAAAAAGCCCCGCCUACAAGACCAAAAAGCCCCAGGGCCUGCUGCUGGGGGGGCUGUCCACCGAGGGGGCUGAGAAGCUGAGGGUCCAGGGGAAGAAGUGAGCGUCCGUGUGAAUCGGCUCGUGUCCUGGAGGAUAUUGCAUUUUUCAUGCCUCAGGUCAUCCCAUCCCCAGUCAGCUGGCACGGGUCCAACACUGCAACAUACUGAGGUUUACGAGCUGGAGUUUUAAUUUUUGACCCUGGGAACCAGUAUUGUCGGUUAUUAAUAAGUGAGAGAAGGGAAACGGUCCUUGGAAAUGCUCCACACCUCCUUGUGAAUUGUCACAGGAAGUGCCGUCUGUCCCCGCUUCCCCCGGAAUCCACUGCAUGUGGGUCCUUCACGGAGUGUCAUGCAGUCAUGGUCGCAGGAAAAAGAGGCUUGGGUUGUACUUCUUUUACUUUGUGAUCAUUAUUUGUGAUGUGUUGUGUAACUGACAUCUCUCUGGCAUCUCUUAAUACAGGAAAUGAUAUGAUCUUUGAGCUCACAUAUGCAAUUACAGUGGGAAUUCACUGAAAUACAUACAUUGGUUCUGAUACUUAUGCUAUUGAUUUUUUUUUAUCGCUGUUCAUAACCCAAAGCUUUGUGCACUUACAA